AUGGCAAAACUGUACGCCAUGCGUGCAGCGUGGACGAACUUUACGCAUGUCCGUGUUCCGCUGUACUUCUUCCCAAACCACAGCGUGAGCGAGUGGUUCUGGACGGCAGCGUACGUCGCUCUCGUCAUUGGCCUCACGUUCUGGGGAGCGACAUACAAAGGGAAACGGAACUACACGCGGGUCUUUGGUCUUGCGUCCAUAUCUCAGAUCCCGCUCAUUGUUGGCUUGGCGGGGCGGAAUAAUCUCAUUAGCCUCCUCACAGGAAUCUCGUACGAGAAGCUGAAUUGGCUCCAUCGUGUUGCUGGACGCACCUGUGUUCUUACAGCGUGGACACACAUGGGUGCGAUGGUGGGUCAAGUUGGCAAGCCGGUGGUCAACCCCAAGAACCUCACCACCGCGACCGGUAUCCUCGCUCUUACCUGCAUCUCCCUCAUGUUCCUCAGCUCUUUCGGCGUCUUCCGCCGUCUGGCUUACGAAGCUUUCAUCGCCCUCCACAUCUGCAUGGGCAUCGCUCUCCUCGUGGCCCUCUAUUAUCACCGCCCCAUGUACAGGCACUGGAUCUGGGCAAGCAUGGUCAUCUGGGGCUUUGACCGUGCGGUAUCUUUCGCGAAAGCGGUGUACGCCAAUCUUGGGCGUAAAAGCGAUCAGGCGAGCGUCACUCUGCUGGGUUCCAAUGCCGUCCGUGUGGUCGCCCACGCACCAAAGCUCAAGUGGCGCGCAGGACAACACGCGUUCCUCAUCAUGCCCUCUGUCGCACGUCUCGGCUUGGAAAGCCAUCCAUUCACGAUGGCAAACGUGCCUAGCGAAACCGGAGAGGCCGUCUUCAUCGUCCGUGCCCACACAGGCUUCACGCGACGCUUAGUUGAGCACCUCCAGUCCUCUGAGGGCCAAGUAAAGUGCUUUGUCGAUGGGCCAUACGGCCUCCCGCCCAUGCUGGACCACUACGCCGGCGUUCUUCUCGUGGCCGGCGGCACGGGCAUUACAUAUGCACUUUCGCACCUGCUCGGCAUUGCCAAGGGCGCGCGUGCUGGCAAGAGCGCCGUGGCGACCGCUCGCCUAGUGUGGAAUGUCCGCGAGCGUGAUGACCCAAUCUCCUGGAUUUCGCCUAUGCUUGGUGAUAUCGCGGCAGAGGGGUUGCAUGUCCGCGUCGAUGUGUACCUCACAUCGUAUGGGUCUGGCGACCCCACUGAGCCAGCACUUGGGGAGCACAAGGAGGGAGGACAUCCUGCUUCGCCGACAUCGAACCCCGAGAAGGAGGGUUUGUCCGACCAGAGCCACAACGGUCUUCUGGUAGUUCAGCGCGGUCGCGCCGACAUCGAAGCCAUUGCACGCUCCGACAUCGCUGAUGUGCCCAGAGAUGCUGGCGGUAUGGCCGUUGUGGUUUGCGGGCCCACCAGCCUCGCAAUGGACGCGCGUCGCGCGGUUUGCCGCGUCAACUCCGCGGGUGCAGUAGCCAACGGGCAGGUGCCUAUCGAGUUCUACGUUGAGACUUUCGGAUGGUAG